CAGUUACCAGAAUUGCAAUCACAACUUGUACAUGAAGAAGACACCAUUGUUGGCCAAAGUCCCCUCUACUUCUUUCUUCUUCUUCUUCAAUCAUCAUCGGAUGUGCUUCCUUUGCAAGAACAUUAACAACUUCCAGAUUUAAUUAAGAUUAUGGAUCCAUGUCCAUUCGUACGCCUCACUGUAGCUAAUCUCGCUUUAAAAAUCCCCAUUGCCUCAAAGCCAGCACGUUCCGUUGUGCAUCCGUCUUCUUCACCUUGCUUUUGUAAGAUUAAACUCAAAAACCUUCCGGUUCAGACCUCUCUAGUCCCGCAUAUUCCCGAUGGUACCCACUUUCCCGACGGACAACCGCAGGUCCCUGCAGCGACUUUUCACCUCAGCAAGGCGGAUCUCGAUAAACUUACCGGAAAAUCCCUCUUCGGUCAAAACCUUCUCCUGAGAAUCUCGUUCUACACCGGCCGCAGGGGCGCUACUUGCGGCGUGGACUCUGGUAGACUACUUGGCAAGGUUUCCGUUCCGAUAGAUCUUUCUGGGACGGAUACUAGGGCUUCUGUUUUCCAUAGCGGAUGGAUUUCCGUCGGCAAAGACUCUAUGAAGAAUAAUUCGCAAUUUCAUCUCACUGUGAAGGCGGAGCCUGAUCCGAGAUUCGUUUUUCAGUUCGAUGGUGAGCCGGAAUGCAGUCCUCAGGUUUUUCAAGUUCAAGGGAAUAUCCGGCAACCUGUUUUUACUUGUAAAUUCAGUUUCAGAAGCAAUAACGAUUGGAGUCAUAGGUCCAGAUCAUUCCCGUCUGAAUCAACCAAUUCCAGAACAUGGUUAAGCUCAUUUGGAAGCGAACGAGAAAGGCCACUGAAAGAGCGGAAAGGAUGGUCAAUCACGGUCCACGAUUUAUCCGGUUCGCCGGUGGCCGCCGCAUCAAUGGUAACACCCUUUGUCGCAUCUCCCGGUUCGGAUCGUGUCAGCCGUUCAAACCCAGGUUCAUGGCUUAUCCUCCGUCCAGGUGAUGGAACAUGGAAGCCAUGGGGUCGACUUGAGGCAUGGCGUGAACGUGGGUCAAGCGAUGGCUUAGGAUAUCGUUUCGAACUGAUCCCUGACUCAGCCGCCGCCGGGAUUGUCGUCGCGGAAUCAACACUAAGUUCUAGCAAGGGCGGGAAAUUCGUUAUUGAUCUUGGUUCGGCUAGAUCAGGUUCUCCGGGUUGUAGUCCGAAAGGGAGCGGCGAUUUUGGGUUCGGGCUUUGGCCUUAUUGUGUUUACAGAGGAUUUGUAAUGGCGGCUAAGGUUGAUGGUGAAAGAAAAAAAUGUAGUAAACCGAUUGUUGAAGUUAGCGAACAGCAAGUUUCAUGUGCAGAAGAUGCGGCAGCUUACGUUGCAUUAGCGGCGGCUGUUGAUCUUAGUAUGGAUGCUUGUAGGCUAUUCUCUAAGAAGCUUCGGAAGGAGCUUUGUGCGCCGCAAGAUGAUCUUUAUCUGUGAUGAGAUUUAGAAAUUGAAAAAAAGUUGGAUGUUUUGGGCGUGAUUUUGUAGGGUUAAAAUUUUGUGGAUUUUAUAUUAGGGUGGACUUAUUACAGAUAGACAAUCUUCUACGCUUUUCUGUAGAGUUGUUGUUAGAGAAAGAAGGUGAGUUGGCAAGGCACGCUUUGUUUUUUUUAAUUUGUGUGGCUGGCAGCUGGCUUUUAUUUGUUUGUUU